AUGCCGUACAGGUUCGCCAGACGCGCGCUGCCGUUAGUCUCAUAUGUUCCCCCUCGUCGGCCGCUCUUUCCCACGUCAUACCCCUUUCCUCGUCGCCCGCAAUUUCCCUCAUCUCCCUCGCCGACCCUCGCCUCUGCUUGUCGCCCGCGCUUCCCGUCGUCGCUCUUGCUUCCCCGUCACCCGUGCUUCCCGUCGUCGCCCUUGCUCUCCCGUCACCCGCGCUUCCCGUCGUCGCCCUUGCUUCCCCGUCACCCGCCCUUGCUUUCCCGCCAUAACGCCCUCGCUUCUGCCCGUCGCCCUCGCCUCCCCACAUACCCGCCUCCAUCUCCCCCACAUACCACCCGCCUUCCUCCCCACAUUCUAUUCCGCUUGUCAUACGCUCUUCUCCUCUUCCUCCCUUCCAUCUCUCCCUCCCUCCCUCUCCCUCUCUCUAUCUCUCUUUCUUCGAACCUCUCUCUCACCCUUUCUUCCACCCUUCUUCCUCCUGAGGGGAAGGGACUGAAUGAGAGACACAGAGGGGAUAGGACAGAAGGGUAUGCAGAUGUUCUUUUCCCCCACGCGCUUCCCCUCAUCGCCCUCACUUCCCCCAAAUUGUUGCCCCCUGUCUCUGUUUUUCCCAACCACCCGUUCUCCCACCAGCCCUGCUUCCCCCUUUGCCCUGAUUCCUUCCACCCUCUGCCCUGCUCCCCCCCAUCCCCUUCCCUGCUUCCCCCCACCCUCUGCCCUUCUCCCCCCAUCCCGUUCCCUGCUUCCCCCCACCCUCUGCCCUGCUCCCCCCCAUCCCCUUCCCUGCUCCCCCCCACCCUCUGCCCUGCUUCCCCUCAUCCCAUUCCCUGCUUCUCCCCACCCCCUGCCCUGCUUCUCCCCAUCCCCUUCCCUGCUUCCCCCCAUCCCCUUCCCUGCUUCCCCCCAUCCCCUUCCCUGCUUCCCCCCAUCCCCUUCCCUGCUUCCCCCCAUCCACUUCCCUGCUUCCCCCCAUCCCCUUCCCUGCUCCCCCCCAUCCCCUUCCCUGCUUCCCCCCAUCCCCUUCCCUGCUUUUCCCCAUCCCCUUCCCUGCUUCCCCCCAUCCCCUUCCCUGCUUCCCCCCAUCCCCUUCCCUGCUUCCCCCCAUCCCCUUCCCUGUCUCCGUGUGUGGCGAAAGGUGCACGUGCUGCCUUGUGCCUGCCGCUUGCUGUCCACGCCUUCCAUCCCACCUCUCCCAAACCACGUCUUUUUCUAUAUGUGCCUCCCCUGCUGGCCCAUGCCCUCUGCUGA